UUUCAAGCUUCUUUUACUCCUGAACUGAACAACACACACCACACAGGACUGAUCAGAAAACAAAGAUCGACUCUCCUUGUCUUCGCCUCCAUACUCUCCAAUUCUACAACUUCAAAAAACUCAUCCACCUCCCACUUCAUUCUGUCUCUAUUCAAAUCUCUGCCUAAUUUCAUUCUUUGACCCACAUUUUUUACUUAAUCCUGUGUUUACUUUGGCUGCAUUUGCCAAUCCAUCUCAGGAAAUUUGAUUUUGACAGCUAACACUCCAGUUUUAGCUAUUUCUUAACUUCCAAUUCAGCCUCUGGAAGCUCAAUUCCCCAUUAUUUGCCCCUCUAAAUUUCCUCAUCCUUCCUCCUGGUCCUCUCUUGUCCUGAUCAUUUGAUAUCAGCAUGUGGUCCAACUUCUUUGUCCAGCAAGAUGAGGAGGGUCGCAUCGGGGUGGCCGGAGCGGGACAAGCCGGCAGUUUGGGAGGAAUAAAAGGUGGCAGAGGACAGAGGAGGGCCCCAAAGAUGAGCGACAGCCAGGAAGGCAAGAUCAAACUGGCUUUCUUUGUGGCUAUCAUUGGUGUGACCUUGACAGUGUUGGGCAUGGGGACAGAGUUUUGGGUGGAGCUGGCCCAACCAAAGAAUUUCAGUGGCAACCAGACCUGCCAGAUGGCCCAUUAUGGCCUGUGGAAGGGCUGCAUCCGCACCCUGUGGGUGGCUGACAUAGACCCGGAGAGGACAAGCUGCGGCCCAGCUGAGCUACCUGGAGAAUCCAACUGCACCUACUUCAAAUUCUUCACCUCUGGGGAGAACGCAGUCAUAUUCAAGAAGACAACAAACAAAAAUCUGACCCUAGCAGCUGCUAUUUUGGCUCUUCUGAGUCUGACCAUGAUGGUGAUGGGCUCCAUCUGUAUUGCUAUGUCCCUCAGCAAAGGAGUGCCCUUCUUUCUCAAACCAGCCUCUUUCUGCUUCAUCCUGUCAGGUGUGCUGGUCCUCUUCUCAGUCCUGGUGUUCCAUCAGUCCGUGCUGGCCCUGCUCUCCAGUGAUCACUCUGUUCCUUUACACCAUGAGCUCUCCUGGUCUGUGGCCUGUGUGGGCUCAGCUGGAGGAAUCCUUAUCCUAGGCGGUUUCCUUUUCAUCCUCCUCGCCCUUCCUUUCAGUCCCUGGCAGAAAUGCUUGCCACACAAGAAUAGUGCUACCUAGCAUUAAAUGCUGAAGUACGGUGUUUUCAGUGUCUUGUUUGAGAGCAGGUGGAAGAGCCCCUUUCCUGAGGGCUGAGCCUUGACUUGCUCUUGGAUUUGAGUUUGUCAGAUAUGUCAUACAAGGUCUUAAUCACAUGUUUGAAGAGAAGGUAAGGACACACUUGUAAAGCCUCUGAAAUGUUAUCUUUCCUUGAAAAAUAGGUUUGGGGUUUUUGGUUGCUAGAUGAAAGGAGCAACAAAGAUAAUGUUGAUUUUUUUUAGAUUGUGUUGUAUUUACUAAGAUAUGUAUCAUGCUUGAUAGCCUCCUGAAUGGCCACACAUACAUCUAGUUUUUCUGCUACCUCCAGAAAAGAGAUUUUUACACUUGGUAAAUAUAGGAGCCCAUUUCUGCCAAAACAUGAAAAGACAGACUGAAGUUCAUAUUCUGAAUACAGUGGUUCUUAAACUUCACCUGCUGCCCCCUCCCUUUGGCAGAUGAAAAUAUUUUCAGCACACUGUCAAUCAUGAUUUUUGCAAACCAAGAGCUAUUUUUUUUUAGAAUUGCCCAUAUCAUAAAACUUCAAAAUGUUGUAGAAGUAACAACAAUCAUUGCCUGAACAGAAUUUAACAUCUGACCCUGAAGGUGAAAAAGUCCCUGAAAAUAAAAUCUUGAACAUCUUUUAAGAAAUAAACAGAUUUUACAUACUGCAUGCAACAUUUUAACCAAAUCAGUGCAUGAUGCUGAUAUGGAGGGUCCUCUAAAAUACACCCAAAAUAUUUUUUCUCCAAUGAAUUUUAAUGUGUUGCCUAGGGUUGCUCAAUGUCACUGUAAAUUACUGUCAACUUCUUUUAGGUGGAAAUGGACUUCCAUAGUACAAACACUAUUUUGUUUAACCUUAAUUUAAUCAGGUUAGUCAACUAAACUUACAGUCAUGUGCAUAUGUUUAAUGAAUGUAGGUUUCUAAGGAUUCAUCACAGGCCCGAUAUGCCACAUCCAGCGGUAGGGGAUGGACGCUUGACACAUGUUGACACGCGUGUCGCUUGGCAGCCAAGGUCAAGCUCGAUGGCAUUUCUUUUGUCCACCCUUGGUGAUUCGUUUUCCAGCCCUCUGGACAGAUGAUCACAGGCUCGUGGCAACCCUACUUCCUGCCCUGACUGUGCCACCCAGACUGUGCUUACUCACCACAUCCACCCUUUACCUAGCCCUAAAGCUGCGGCCUUUGUUAUUUUCUUCAACAAUGCCUUGGUAAUAUGCAAAGACAUCACGAGUAGGACAGGGGUUUUUGCCAAUCCUCCUUGACACCCUCAGGCAGCUUACUCUACAAAUCUAUGCCUUACUGUCACCUCAGUUUUUGGCCCAUGCCUAAGACUUAUGCACACUACUUCAGUUUUCUUUAAUGCUAACAAUCAGUAUGAAGGAGGUCCUGGUUGUGUUACUUUUCUCAUGUGGGACGUGAUGGUUAUGAAUGGAGUCUAGCUGAUAAAUAAGGGGCUUCUCGUCUUUAUUUAUGACUGUGUGUUUAUUAUUGUAUGUGUGUGUUAUAGCCAGUGUGUGACUUCAGUAAAUCAGAUGAGUGUAUGUUUAAUUAAAUCAACUGUGAGAAGUGAUUAAAAUACCAUUUUUAUACCAGAGAAUUGUAUGGACUUUCUUUAUAAAGCUCAACUUUGUACAUAAAGUGAAUGAAUGAGUUUAAUGAAUGUUUACUUUUUAUCUGUUUUGUUGUCUCCACUCCUUUUAUUUACAGUAUGUCUGCAGUAAAACACAUAAAUGUACAAACUGUGAUGACAGGUUUGCUUUUCA